AUGCCCGGACCGGACACAGACUUCAAACAGCUUCGCUGCCCUGGAUCCAUUGGUUCCGGCGCCUUCAUCCCUUGGUGCUUCUGCCUCAACAUCGAAUCCGGAGGUAACUGCACCUUCGUCCUCUGUUCUGUCUCAAUCUCCGGUGGCUUCUAACUCUGUUUCAGAUCUUCAGAGCUCUCACCCUCAAUGGAACAUGAGGGUGUCUGAGACUCUGGCCCCUCCAUCAGCCACAAUGUAUUCUACAGCUGGCUCAGGUCAUCAAUCUGAAAGUUUCCAAAAAGCUGCCAAUUAUUUCAGGCCGGUACCAUCGUUGGGCCGCAGCUGUGAAAGAUUCAGCAGGCUACUGGCAUUGCACACCUGGCUAAAAGAUUAUUGUAGCUCUGUUGGCAUAACUUUUAUAGAUAACUUUGACACCUUCUGGAAACAGAAGAUGCUCUACAGGAAUGACAGAGUCCAUUCAAAUCAUCUUGGCUCCUGGACUCCACACAUUUCAAGGCUGCAUUGAGACAAUGACUUAUCAAUGACCCAAGCCAUGCUCAGAUAACCCCUAACAUUGUGUCACUGAGUUGUCGUAUUGCUGUAGCAAAUAUACAUUGUCCUAGAAGCAUUGGAAGUCAUAAUGUAAGUUAGCUACUUUAUUUCCCUCUAAGUCCCCUGAAUGCCUCUGCAAUCCUAUAGCUAUUGUAUGCAGUAAUCAUGUGUCUAUAAAGCAGAGUUAUACUGUUACCACUGAGGCGGUGUUCCCUAGUAAGAAGUUCAGCUCAAGCAUAAAUAUCACGGUCAUGUCUACUUCUGAUAAGCCGCUCAGUAAAGCAAUCAAAACAAACAAGCAUUCUAGUAGUGCUAAAAAUUGCCCAUAUGAUAUAUUUUUGUAAAUGUAACCUUUAUUUAACUAACAAGUCAGUUAAGAUCAAAUUCCUAUUUACAAUGAUGGCCUACCCCGGCCAAACCCGGACAACGCUGGGCCAAUUGUGCGCCGCCCUAUGGGACUCCCAAUCACGGCCGGAUUGUGAUACAGCCUGGAAUCAAACCAGGAUCUGUAGUGAGGCCUCUAGCACUGAUAUGCAGUGCUUUAGACCGCUGUGCCACUCAAGAUCCCAAAAGUGUCAGAAGUGGGAUUAACAUAUGUAGCCUAAGAAACAAGGUACAUAAAAUCGAUAACUUGCUAGUAACAGAAGACAUUCAAAUACUGACUGACUAUCUCUGAAACUCACUUAUACUGUAGAUAAUAAAUUUUAUUAUAUAGAGGUAGCAAUACAUAGUUAUAACAUCUACAGAUGUAAAACUUAGAGAGGAUCUCAUGUCAAAUACUGUUGAAGAAAUAAGGCUAUAGGAUCACCUGCCUCACCUAAAGGCCAUUCUUGUGGGAAGCAGUUAUAGACCACCAAGUGCUAACAGUCAGUAUCUGGAUAAUAUGUGUGAAAUGCUUGAUAAUGUAUGUGAUAUUAACAGAGAUGUAUAUUUUCUGGGUAAUGUAAAUAUUGACUGGCUUUCAUCAAGCUGCCCACUCCAGAAAAAGCUUCAACCUGUAACCAGUGCCUGGAACCUGGUUCAGGUUAUCAGUCAACCUACCAGGGUAUUUACAAACAGCACAGUAAUGAAAUCAUCCACAUGUAUUGAUCACAUCUUUGCUAAUGCUGCAGAAAUCUACUUUAAAGCAGUAUCCGAAUCCAUUGGAUGUUGUGAUCACAAUAUAGUAGCCAUUUUUAGGAAAACAAUAGUUCCAAAGGCUGGACCUAAUAUUGUGUAUAAGCGGUCCUAUAAGAGGUUUUGUAGUGAUUCCUAUGUUUAUGAUGUAAAGAAUAUUUGCUGGUCUGUGGUGUUUAAUGAGGAGCAACAAGACGCUGCACUUGACACAUUUAUGAAAUUGCUUACUCCAGUUACUAAUAAGCAUGCGCCCAUUAAGAAAAUGACUGUAAAAACGGUUAAAUCCCUGUGGAUUGAUGAGGAAUGACAUAUUGCAAAUUCAGAUAUCAUGUGACUAAACUGAAUAAAAAGAAGAAACUAUACAAUGAAACAAAUAAAAAAAAUAUAUAAAGUAUGAUAGUAAAAAGGUUUGGUGCACCUUAAAUGAAAUUUUGGGCAAAAAGGCAAACUCAGCUCCAUCAUUAAUUGAAAAGAUGGCUCACAAAACCCACUGAUAUAGUGAAUUACUUUAAUUAUGUUUUUAAUUUGCAAGAAUAAGAACAAGCUUAGGCAUGACAUGCCAGCAACAAAUGCCAAACCUACACAUCCAAGUAUAACUAACCAAAUUAUGAAAGACAGGUGUGAAAUAUUUGGCAUUGGUCCUCAGAUCCAAGAAAGGAAUGAAGCAACAAUAAAGAUAAAUAUUAUAAAAGGCAGGCUAUAUAUGCAUCAGCUUGCUAAUUAUACAACAAGGCCCUAAUAUUUCUCAAAAUUAAAAUCAAAUUCACUAGCGUAUACUUGUAUCUUUGUAUGCCGCAUGUGCUGCCCCAGAAUCUCUUCUGCUUUAUCAUGGUUUGAACAAUGUGCGUAAUUCAGUCCAUAUAAUACAGUAUAAUACAAUACAGUAACACAGUUCACUCUCAAAAUGAUUAGCCUACUGGAGCUAGUUUCAUUUAUUUACUCAAGAGAGCAUAUAGCUAGCUACAUCUAUGGGCUUUUAUGUUUCUCUGUUGUGCGUAAUAUGCCUUAGCCUAUAUCAUAUACUGUAUGUAUGGGAUAAUGGCACAAUCAUUUUGGGCUUUUUUGGGCUUGGGCUCAUUACAUUUUGUUAAUGUAGGGCUCAGAAAUGUAUUUAAUAUAUGGCUCAUCAGGCUCAGGUAGCAUCAGGUUUCAAUUUUCAUGCUGAUCAAAUCUCUAAUCAAAUCCAGACAAAUUAUGUGCUUUAUAAUGUUUUUUAAUAACGCUUCCGGUUUUGGUGGGAAAUAUCGGGUUACCUGGGAGAAAAGGGAUUUAUUCUCGGGAUGGAACAUUUGUAAAAUACCGGGAAAAUAUUCAACCUCAGUGAGUGUGGAGGAGGUGAAAAAAAUAUUGUUGUCUAUCAACAAUGACAAGCCACCUGGGUCUGACAACUUGGAUGGAAAAUUACUGAGGAUGAUAGCGGACGAUAUUGCCACUCCUAUUUGCCAUCUCUUCAAUCUAAGCUUACAAAAAGUGUGUGCCCUCGGGCCUGGAGGGAAGCAAAAGUCAUUCCGCUACCCAAGAAUAGUAAAUCACCCUUUUUUUACUAGCUCAAAUGGGGCGGCAGGUAGCUGUCGAUGUGCCCUUGAGCAAGGCACUUAACCCUAAUUGCUCCUGUAAGUCGCUCUGGAUAAGAGCGUCUGCUAAAUGACUAAAAUGUAAUGUAAAUGUAAAUAGGCAACCAAUCAGCCUGUUACCAACCCUUAGUAAACUGUUGGUAAAAAUGGUGUUUGACCAGAUACAAUGCUAUUUUACAGUAAAUACAUUAGCAACAGACUUUCAGCAUGCUUAUAGGGAAGGACAUUCAACAUGCACGGCACUUACACAACAGAAUGAUGAUUGGCUGAGAUACAUUGAUAUUAAAAAAAUUCUGGGAGCUGUUUUGUUAGAACUGUAACAUUGGUAAAAACGUAUAUGUUAUGGCUUUACACCCCUUCUAUAUUGUGGAUCGAGAGUUACCUGUCUAACAGAACACAGAGGGUGAUCUUUAAUGGUAGCCUCUCCAACAUAAUCCAGGUAGAAUCAGGCAUUCCCCAGGGCAGUUGUAUAGGCCCCUUACUUAAAAAAAAUUAAAAAAAACUUUACUAAUGACCUGCAACUGGCUCUGAGUAAAGCCAGUGCGUCUAUGUAUGCAGAUGACUCAACACUAUACACGUCAGCUACUAUAGCAGGUGAAAUCACUGCAACAAUUAACAAAGAGAUGCAGUUAGUUUCAGAAUGAGUGUCAAUAAAUAAUUUAGUCCUAAAUAUUUCAAAAACUAAAAGCAUUGUUUUUGGGAAAAAUCAUUAACUAACACUAAACCUGAACUAAAUAUUGUAUUGAAUAAUGUGGAAAUUCAGCAAAUUGAGGAGACUAAACUCUUUGGAGUAACCCUGGAUUGUAAACUGAUAUGGUCAAAACAAAUUGAUGCAACAGUAGCUAAGAUGGGGAGAGGUAUUUCCAUAAUAAAGUGUUGCUCUGCCUUCGUAACAACAAUAUCAACAAGACAGGUCCUACAGGCCCGAGUUUUGUCGCACCUGGACUACUGCCAAUGCAUGUGGUCCAGUGCCACAAAGAUGGAUUUGGGAAAAUUACAACUGGCCCAGAACAGGGCAGCACGGCUGGCCCUUAAAUGUACACGGAGAGCUAACAUUAAUAAAAUGCAUGUCAAUCUCUCAUGUUUCAAAGUAGAGGAGAGAUUGACUUCAUCACUACAUGUUUUUGUAAGAAAUAGUGACAUGUUGAAAACACCGAGCUAUCUGUUUAAACUAAUUAAACUACUAGCACACAGCUCGGACACCCAUGCAUACCCCACAAGACAUACCACCAGAGGUCUCUGUACAGUCCCCAAGUCCAGUAUGGAAAGUACACAGUACUACAUAGAGCCAUGGCUACAUGGAACUCUAUUCCACAUUAAGUAACUCACUCAAGCAGUACAAUCAGAUUAAAAAACAGAUACAAAUACAUCUUAUGGAACAGCGAGGACUGUGAAAAGUCACACACACACACACACAAAUACAAACACACACAUACACACAUAACAUACACUAUGCACAAAUGUACCUCUGGAUUGUGUGUUGUAGUAGAGUAGUGGCCAGAGGGCACACACUUAAUGUAUUGUGAAAUCUGUUGUAAAACGUAUUUUAUUGUUUAAUGUUUUUAUUAUAGUGUAUUUUACUGCCUUAAUUUUUGCUGGACCCCAUAAAUAAUACAAAUACAAAAAUAGGGGAUGAUGGUGCUGGAACCUCCGAAGCCAGGAGGGCAAAGCUAUUCGACAACUGGAUUUGGGCCGUUCUUCCCAACACCAAAGAAUCCCCACACGCCACUGGCUUCUUCCCUCCAUUUGGCCUACGGCGGGUGACGUGCUUCCAUGGUUUGGCAGCAGGAAUGGUGACAGUAUCAUCCACUAAAUCCAUUAGAAGUGAUGAUCCCACUCAUUAAAAUGCAAAUCAAUUCAUAACAUUUUUGACAUGCGUUUUUCUGGAUUUUUUUAUUCUGUCUCUCACUGUUCAAAUAAACCUACCAUUAAAAUUAUAGACUGAUAAUUUCUUUGUCAGUGGGCAAACAUACAAAAUCAGCAGGGGAUCAAAUACUUUUUUUCCCUCACUGUAUACAUGCCUUCGGUAAAUACACCCAAAAUAAAAAACAUUUAAAAAAUGAAAUAUACUAUUCAGUCUCAAACAAAUUCGUGCACUCGCUCUCGUGCACUCGUAGGGGCAUCUGCCAGGAUAACUUUGGCACCUUUUGGAAACAGAAGAUGCUCUACAGAGAGGAUGGGUUCCAUCCAAAUCAUCUUGGUGCCUGGACCCUGUCCUCUCAUUUCAAGGCUGCGCUGAGACAUUAAGUUAUAAACACCCCAAGUUCUGCUCAGGUAAUCCAAAUCAUAAAUUAUCAGCAUUAUCAUCAAACUGCAGGCCUGCAACAGGUAACCAUCACUGACUCUUGUAAUCCAUGUCCUCGCUCAAAACAUAGGCCCAAUGUUACAGUUCUAGACAAUCUUGUAUCUAAACCAAUUCAAGCUAGCCCUAUCGUAUUUCCUAAUAAGGGGUUACCAACUGAGCAUAGUAUGCUUGUAUUAGAGACCCCGUCUGAUCUGAAAUCCUGCAGCUGCGGCAUUGGACUGAUUCAUGUACAGUGGGGGAAAAAAGUAUUUAGUCAGCCACCAAUUGUGCAAGUUCUCCCACUUAAAAAGAUGAGAGAGGCCUGUAAUUUUCAUCAUAGGUACACGUCAACUAUGACAGACAAAAUGAGAAAAAAAAAUCCAGAAAAUCACAUUGAAGGAUUUUUAAUGAAUUUAUUUGCAAAUGAUGGUGGAAAAUAAGUAUUUGGUCAAUAACAAACGUUUCUCAAUACUUUGUUAUAUACCCUUUGUUGGCAAUGACACAGGUCAAACGUUUUCUGUAAGUCUUCACAAGGUUUUCACACACUGUUGCUGUUAUUUUGGCCCAUUCCUCCAUGCAGAUCUCCUCUAGAGCAGUGAUGUUUUGGGGCUGUCGCUGGGCAACACAGACUUUCAACUCCCUCCAAAGAUUUUCUAUGGGGUUGAGAUCUGGAGACUGGCUAGGCCACUCCAGGACCUUGAAAUGCUUCUUACGAAGCCACUCCUUUGUUGCCCGGGCGGUGUGUUUGGGAUCAUUGUCAUGCUGAAAGACCCAGCCACGUUUAAUCUUCAAUGCCCUUACUGAUGGAAGGAGGUUUUCACUCAAAAUCUCACGAUACAUGGCCCCAUUCAUUCUUUACUUUACACGGAUCAGUCGUCCUGGUCCCUUUGCAGAAAAACAGCCCCAAAGCAUGAUGUUUCCACCCUCAUGCUUCAUAGUAGGUGUGGUGUUCUUUGGAUGCAACUCAGCAUUAUUUGUCCUCCAAACACGACGAGUUGAGUUUUUACCAAAAAGUUAUAUUUUGGUUUCAUCUGACCAUAUGACAUUCUCCCAAUCCUCUUCUGGAUCAUCCAAAUGCACUCUAGCAAACUUCAGACGGGCCUGGACAUGUACUGUCUUAAGCAGGGGGACACGUCUGGCACUGCAGGAUUUGAGUCCCUGGCGGCGUAGUGUGUUACUGAUGGUAGGCUUUGUUACUUUGGUCCCAGCUCUCUGCAGGUCAUUCACUAGGUCCCCCUGUGUGGUUCUGGGAUUUUUGCUCACCGUUCUUGUGAUCAUUUUGACCCCACGGGGUGAGAUCUUGCGUGGAGCCCCAGAUCGAGGGAGAUUGUCAGUGGUCUUGUAUGUCUUCCAUUUCCUAAUAAUUGCUCCCACAGUUGAUUUCUUCAAACCAAGCUCCUUAGCUAUUGCAGAUUCAGUCUUCCCAGCCUGGUGCAGGUCUACAAUUUUGUUUCUGGUGUCCUUUGACAGCUCUUUGGUCUUGGCCAUAGUGGAGUUUGGAGUGUGACUGUUUGAGGUUGUGGACAGGUGUCUUUUAUACUGAUAACAAGUUCAAACAGGUGCCAUUAAUACAGGUAACGAGUGGAGGACAGAGGAGCCUCUUAAAGAAGAAGUUACAGGUCUGUGAGAGCUAGAAAUCUUGCUUGUUUGUAGGUGACCAAAUACUUAUUUCCCACCAUAAUUUGCAAAUAAAUUCAUUAAAAAUCCUACAAUGUGAUUUUCUGGAGUUUUUUUCCUCAAUUUGUCUGUCAUAGUUGACGUGCACCUAUGAUUACAGGCCUCUCUCAUCUUUUUAAGUGGAAGAACUUGCACAAUUGGUGGCUGACUAAAUACUUUUUUUUCCUCCACUGUAAAUGGCAGAAUCUUGAUCAUGAACAUUUAUUUUAUUAUAACUCUGGCUUCUCAAACCAACGUGGACAUUCUGAUAAUAACUUAAACUUGGCUACGUAAGACUGUGCCGGAUACUGAUGUGUCUCUGGCUGGUUACAAUGUUUUUAGAUCUGACAGAGUUGGCUGAGGUGUCGCCAUAUUUUCAAAGGACAGCUUAAAUGUUUCUCUAUCUCUCACUACCUCUGUCCCUAAUCAAUGUUAAUGCCUCUGUCCUUAAGCAAAUGUAAUGCCUUGGUAAUAAUGUCCAAUUUACGCUAGUGGGAAUUUAUCGCCCUCCCUCUGCCUCAACAGGUGCUCUUAGCCAAUUGUCUAACUUGCUAUCUAACUAUGCUAAAUCUGAAAUCUGGGUGACCUUAAUCUGUAUUGGUUGAUGCCAGCUUCUGAUAGGCUGAAAGAGAUCUGCAUUGUUUUAAAUCAAACUAAGUUGAUAACAGAACCAACACGCCCCAACUUUAAACACCCCUCAAGUAUACAGCCAAUGGAAUUUUUGCUAAUGAGUUCAGUGACCAUUGUCCUGUUGCCUGCAUAAGAGAUGCAAAGCUACCUAAAUCUCGCUCUCGCAUUAUUACAAAUUAUAGGAAUUUUAUUGAGCAACAAUUAUUGUCUGAUCUGGGAUUGUGUGAAUGGGGGCUUUUGUUAGAAAUCUCUGACUCGGAUAUGGCCCUACAUUGUUUUGCUUCUUUGCUAAAUUCUAUUGCAGAUAAGCAUGCUCCCUUCACGAAACUAAGGGUAAGGGAUAGAGCUAAUCCCUGGUUCACACAUUAACUAUCAGAGAAACUUCAGGUGGGAAAUGUAGCUUGUGUUAAAGCUAGGGUGACUGAUUCUACGUCUGACUGGCAGUCUUUCAGACGCUUGAGAAAGAGAUGUCUAUCCCUGGUUAGAAAGCAAAAUUGACACACACUACAUGGCCAAAAGUGGAAACCCCUUCAAAUUAGUGGGUUCAGCUUUUUCAGCCACACCCGUUGCUGACAGGUGCAUAAAAUCGAGCACACAGCUAUACAAUCUCCAUUGACAAACAUUGCAGUAGAAUGGCCUGUACUGAAGAGCUCAGUGACUUUCAACGUGGCACAGUCAUAGGAUGCCACCUUUCCAACAAGUCAGUUCGUCAAAUUUCUGCCCUGCUAGAGCUGCCCCGGUCAUCUGUAAGUGCUGUUAUUGUGAAGUGGAAAUGUCUAGGAGCAACAACGGCUCAGCCGCGAAGUUGUAGGCCACACAAGCUCACAGAACAGGACCGCCGAGUGCUGAAGCGUGUAAAAAUCGUCUGUCCUCGGUUGCAACACUCAGUACCGAGUUCCAAACUGCCUCUGGAAGCAACGUCAGCACAAGAACUGUUCGUAGGGAGCUUCAUGAAAUGGAUUUCCAUGGCUGAGCAACCGCACGCAAGCCUAAGAUCACCAUGUGCGAUGCCAAGCGUCGUCUGGAGUGGUGUAAAGCUCGCCGCCAUUGGACUCUGGAGCAGUUCUCUAGAGUGAUGAAUCACGCUUCACUAUCUGGCUGUCCGACAGAUGAAUCUGGAUUUGGCGGAUGCCAGGAGAACGCUACCUGCCCCAAUCUAUAGUACUAACUGUAAAGUUUGGUGGAGUAUGAAUAAUGGUCUGGGGCUGUUUUCCAGUGAAGAGAAAUCUUAACGCUUCAGCAUACAAUGACAUUCUAGACGAUUCUGUGCUUCCAACUUUGUGACAACAGUUUGGGGAAGGCCCUUUCCUGUUUCAGCAUGACAAUGCCCCCGUGCACAAAGCGAGGCUCAUAAAGAAAUGGUUUGUCGAGAUCGGUGUGGAAGAACUUGACUGGCCUGCACAGAGCCCUGACCUCAACCCCAUUGAACGCCUUUGGGAGGAAUUGGAACGCCGACUGUGAGCUAGGCUUAAUUGCCCAACAUCUGUGCCCGACCUCACUGAUGCUCUUGUGGCUGAAUAGAAGCAAGUCCCCGCAGCAAUGUUCCAACAUCUAGUGGAAAGCCUUCCCAGAAGAGUGGAGGCUGUUAUAGCAGCAAAUGGGGGACCAACUCCAUAUUAAUGCCCCUGAUUUUGGAAUGAAAUGUUUGACGAGCAUACUUUUGGCCAUGUAGUGUAUUUUUCAACUGUGUAUAUGAGAAUGGUGGGAAUCCAGCUUCCUUGUGGAAGGUUGUCAAAUCUCUGAAACAAAACUCCAUUACAUUUACAUUUUAGCAGACGCUCUUAUCCAGAGCGACUUACAGUUUAGUAAUUGCAUACAUUAUUUUAUUUUUCAUACUGGCCCCCCGUGGGAAUUGAACCCACAACCCUGGUGUUGCAAACGCCAUGCUCUACCAACUGAGCUACAUCCCUGCCAGCCAUUCCCUCCCCUCCAUCCCCUCAUUACCCUGGCAGGUUAUGACAGCCUCUGGUCCCAUAAUAGAUAAGAUGGACAUUUAUGGUGCUUUUAAUAACCACUUUGCAUCAGCGGGCCAGCUAUUUAAUAAAAUAGCUUCUGAAAACUCUGAUUCCAGCAGAGGGAGGUAUUUAUUCACAUCGAGCCAGGUUGCAAAAAAUGAUAUAUUCCCAGAUACACAUCUAAUUUUCACUUCAACCAUUUGAUGUCUAUGAUGUACUGAGUGGCGCAGUGGUCUAAGGCACUGCAUCACAGUGCUAACUGUGCCACUAGAGAUCCUGGUUUGAAUCCAGGCUCUGUCGCAGCCGGCCUCGACCGGGAGACUCAUGGACGGCGCACAAUUGGCCCAGCGUCGUCCAGGGUAGGGGAGGGAAUGGCCGGCAGGGAUGUAGCUCAGUUGAUAGAGCAUGGCGUUUGCAACGCCAGGGUUGUGGGUUUGAUUCCCACGGGGGGCCAGUAUAAAAAAAAAAAUGUAUUCACUAACUGUAAGUCGCUCUGGAUAAGAGCGUCUGCUAAAUGACUAAAAUGUACUAAGUGCCUUAUUGAUGUAAAGAAAAAUACACUAAGGCUGACUUACUUGAUCCCUUUUUGCUACAGCUGUCUGCCCCACUUAUUGCAGAAUUAUUAACCUAUAUUGUUUACUUGACAAUUGUUUCUGGGGUAUCCCUAAAAUCAUGAAAAAUGGCACAAGUCCACCGUACAAUUUCCAAGCUAUCUUGCCUUGCCAUAGUUUUAGAGUCCCUGGCCAACUCUCAGCUUAGAACUUUUUAAACUUCUCAUUCUAUUCUUAACCCUUGGCCUACAAUGUCCUCGCCCCCCUUGGAAAUGUAAUUAACAUAAUACAAAAAAUCCCCAUCAAAAUCCAUCUGUUUAGGCGAGAGAUAUAUGUUUAUUUUGCAUGGGCUGCAUCUCAAUCCAUCACAUUCGCCCAUAUCGCCCUUCUUCAUCUGCGGUGAAAGGUGUCAGAGCUAGAGCAGUGUUUAUAUUUGCGUAAUGUACAAAUAUGUGCAUAUUUAACCUCUACGGGAUCGGUGUCCCGUAUACGGGACGGUUGAGCUAAUGAGCGCUAAUGUGAUAAGCAUGACUGUUGUAAGUAACAGCAAACUUUCAAGGACAUAGACAUGUCUUAUAUGGGCAGAAAGCUUAACUUUUUGUUAAUCUAACUGCACUGUCCAAUUUACAGUAGCUAUUACAGUUAAAAAAUAACAUUCUAUUGUUUGAGGAGAGUGCACAACAACAACAAACUUAUCACGGCAACUGGUUUGAUACAGUCACCUCUGAAGGGAAAUAAUGUAAUUACAUUCAGUAAUCUUUCUCUGAUUUGUCAUCCUAAGGGUCCCAGAGAUAACAUGAAGCAUAGUUAAAAAUAAAAAUAAAUCCAUUUUUAUAUUCAAAUUUAGGAACUAGGUUCUACAGUUUGAACCCCUGCUGUCUCUGGCUCCACACCCACCCCGCCCGGCCAUCUACAGUUGAAGUCGGAAGUUUACAUACAAUUAGGUUGGAGUCAUUAAAACUUGUUUUUCAACCAGUCCACAAAUUUCUUGUUAACAAACUAUAGAUUUGGCAAGUCGGUUAGGACAUAUACUUUGAGCAUGACACUUAAUUUUUCCAACAAUUGUUUACAGACAUAUCAUUUCACUUAUAAUUCACUGUAUCACAAUUCCAGUGGGUCAGAAGUUUACAUACACUAAGCUGACUGUGCCUUUAAAUAGCUUGGAAAAUUCCAGAAAAUUAUGUCAUGGCUUUAGAAGCUUCUGAUAUGCUAAUUGACAUAAUUUGAGUCCAAAUGCCUGAAAGUACUACGUUCAUCUGUACAAACAAUAGUAUGCAAGUAUAAACACCAUGGGACCACAGAGCCGUCAUACCGCUCAGGAAGGAGAUGCGUUCUGUCUCCUAGAGAUGAACAUACUUUGGUGCAAAAAGUGCAAAUCAAUCCCAGAACAACAGCAAAGGACCUUGUGAAGAUGCUGGAGGAAACAGUUACAAAAGUAUCUAUAUCCACAGUAAAACGAGUCCUAUAUCGACAUAACCUGAAAGGCUGUUCAGCAAGGAAGAAGCCACUGCUCCAAAACCGCCAUAAAAAAGCCAGACUACGGUUUACAACUGCAAAUGGGGACAAAGAUCGUACUUUUUGGAGAAAUGUCCUCUGGUCUGAUGAAACAAAAAUAGAACUGUUUGGCCACAAUGACCACCAUUACGUUUGGAGGAAAUAGGGGGCAGCUUGCAAACUGAAGAACACCAUCCCAACCGUGAAGCACGGGGGUGGCAGCAUCAUGCUGUGGGGGUGCUUUGCUGCAGGAGGGACUGGUGCACUUCACAAAAUAGAUGGCAUCAUGAGGAAGGAAAAUUAUGUGGAUAUAUUGAAGCAACAUCUCAAGACAUCAGUCAGGAAGUUAAAGCUUGGUAUCAAAUGGAUCUUCCAAAUGGACAAUGACCCAAGCAUACAUCCAAAGUUGUUGCAAAAUGGCUUAAGGACAACAAAGUAAACUAUUGGAGUGGCCAUCACAAAGCCCUGACCUCAAUCCUAUAGAAAAUAUGUGGGCAGAACAGAAAAAGCUUGUGUGAGCAAGGAGACCUAUAAACCUGACUCAGUUACACCAGCUCUGUCAGGAAAAAUUCACCCAACUUAUUGUGGGAAACAAUUUAAAGGCAAUGCUAACAAAUACUAAUUUAGUGUAUGUAAACUUCUGACCCACUGGGAAUGUGAUGAAAGAAAAAAAAGCUGAAUUAAAUCAUUCUCUCUACUAUUUUUCUGACAUUUCACAUUCUUAAAAUAAAGUGGUGAUCCUAACUGACCUAAGACAGGGAAUUUUUACUAGGAUUAAAUGUCAGGAAUUGUGAAAAACUGAGUUUAAAUGUACACUGCUCAAAAAAAUAAAGGGAACACUUAAACAACACCAUGUAACUCCAAGUCAAUCACACUUCUGUGAAAUCAAACUGUCCACUUAGGAAGCAACACUGAUUGACAAUAAAUGUCACAUGCUGUUGUGCAAAUGGAAUAGACAACAGGUGGAAAUUAUAGGCAAUUAGCAAGACACCCCCAAUAAAGGACUGCUUUUGCAGUUGGUGACCACAGACCACUUCUCAGUUCCUAUGCUUCCUGGCUGAUGUUUUGGUCACUUUUGAAUGCUGGCGGUGCUUUCACUCUAGUGGUAGAAUGAGACGGAGUCUACAACCCACACAAGUGGCUCAGGUAGUGCAGCUCAUCCAGGAUGGCACAUCAAUGCGAGCUGUGGCAAGAAGGUUUGCUGUGUCUGUCAGCGUAGUGUCCAGAGCAUGGAAGCGCUACCAGGAGACAGGCCAGUACAUCAGGAGACGUGGAGGAGGCCGUAGGAGGGCAACAACCCAGCAGCAGGACCGCUACCUCCGCCUUUGUGCAAGGAGGAGUAGGAGGAGCACUGCCAGAGCCCUGCAAAAUGACCUCCAGCAGGCCACAAAUGUGCAUGUGUUUGCUCAAACGGUCAGAAACAGACUCCAUGAGGGUGGUAUGAGGGCCCGACGUCCACAGGUGGGGGAUGUGCUUACAGCCCAACACCGUGCAGGACGUUUGGCAUUUGCCAGAGAACACCAAGAUUGGCAAAUUCGCCACUGGCGCCCUGUGCUCUUCACAGAUGAAAGCAGGUUCACAUUGAGCACAUGUGAUAGACGUGACAGAGUCUGGAGACGCCGUGGAGAACGUUCUGCUACCUGCAACAUCCUCCAGCAUGUCCGGUUUGGCGGUGGGUCAGUCAUGGUGUGGGGUGGCAUUUCUUUGGGGGGCUGCACAGCCCUCCAUGUGCUCGCCAGAGGUAGCCUGACUGCCAUUAGGUACCGAGAUAAGAUCCUCAGACCCCUUGAGAGACCAUAUGCUGGUGCGGUUGGCCCUGGGUUCCUCCUAAUGCAAGACAAUGCUAGACCUCAUGUGGCUGGAGUGUGUCAGCAGUUCCUGCAAGAGGAAGGCAUUGAUGCUAUGGACUGGCCUGCCCGUUCCCCAGACCUGAAUCCAAUUGAGUACAUCUGGGACAUCAUGUCUCGCUCCAUCCACCAACGCCACGUUGCACCACAGACUUUCCAGGAGUUGGCGGAUGCUUUAGUCCAGGUCUGGGAGGAGAUCCCUCAGGAGACCAUCCGCCACCUCAUCAGGAGCAUGCCCAGGCAUUGUAGGGAGGUCACACAGGCACGUGGAGGCCACACACACUACUGAGCCUCAUUUUGACUUGUUUUAAGGACAUUACAUCAAAGUUGGAUCAGCCUGUAGUGUGGUUUUCCACUUUAAUUUUGAGGGUGACUCCAAAUCCAGACCUCCAUGGGUUGAUAAAUUUGAUUUCCAUUGAUAAUUUUUGUGUGAAUUUGUGGUCAGCACAUUCAACUAUGUAAAGAAAAAAGUAUUUAAUACGAUUAUUUCAUACAUUCAGAUCUAGGAUGUGCUGUUUAAGUGUUCCCUUUAUUUUUUUGAGCAGUGUAUUUGGCUAAGGUGUAUGUAAACUUCCGACUUCAAUUCCUCAUGCAUGUAAUCAUUAACUUCUAGUGUAGGCAGUAUUUCAAGCUAGAAUCCAACAGUCCCCCCUUUUUGAAUAGUACCUCUAUACUGUUCAACAUUACAUACACUUUGAAAUUAUUUAUAAAUGAACAGAAAAUAAAACAUGAUUAACAUUCUCAGUUGAUUAGUAUAUUUACACCUCCGAGACUUAUGGUCUCUGAUCUAUAAUCACACUAUGCACAUUCUUAUUCCCCCCUCUCGUCGUACAACUGAUAAGGACAUUUUAGCUGUAGCUUUUGACUUCCUCCAUUUCAGCUGGAGCUUUUGACUUUCUCCUUUUCCUCCUUCUGGUUCCUAAGAGAGUGAUAGCACAUGACUUGAAACGCAAAAAGAAACACAAAACACAACAAGUAUUAAUAAUGCGUUAAGCUAUGCAUAAUUAUAUAUGCAAAGAAAAAAUGAAGUUUGAUAACAUGACGAUUCCCACUCUCUCUUAGCCUGACUUUAUACCUUCAGGAUACUGUUCUGCUGGUGUCCACAAAAAUUAAGGCCCUAAAAAACCUCCUCAUGCUUUUAACCAGUCUUCCCCCAUUAGGCUACAGGAUACAAAAACUGUGAUAACGGCAUAUAAUUUUCACUUCGCUCCCCAUCUUCUUCUUCCUCCAUGGCCACCCAAUAUACAUGUGCUGUGACCUUAAUCAACUUUACCUCAUCUUGAGGCAAAUCAGCACAUGUUUAAAUGUAUUUGGCUAAUGUGUAUGAAAACUUCUGACUUCAACUGUAGAUGUGUGAAAGUUAGUGUAUAAGCUAAAGAUCCAUAAUGUAUGACAUUCCUGGGAGUGUGUAAACUUACAUUUUGUAUUACCAUAUCAUUUUUGUAUGUUCUCUAUAGUUAUGUACUUCAAAAUGUAUCAAUUGACCAAUUUGGCACAUUGGGGCAGACUUGAUGCAUUUACAUUUACAAAUUGGUGCAUUCAACUUAGGAUAGCCAGUGGGACAACCACCUUUAAAAAUAUAAUAAUAUGGGGGGGUGGGGGAGGGGGGGGGGGGGGGGUAGAAGGAUUACUGUUAUACUAUUCCAGGUAUUCCUUAAAGAGGUAGGGUUUCAAGUGUCUCCGGAAGGUGGUCAGUGACUCCGCUGUCCUGGCGUCGUGGGGGAGCUUGUUCCACCAUUGGGGUGCCAGAGCAGCGAAUAGCUUUGACUGGGCUGAGCGGGAACUGUGCUUCCGUAGAGGUAGGGGGGCUAGCAGGCCAAAGUGUUUCCUUUUAAAUAGUAUCAAGAAUAUGCAUAUCCUUGCUUCAAGUCCUGAGCUACAGGUAGUUAGAUUUGGGUAUGUCAUUUUAGGUGAAAAUUGAAAAAAAGGGUCAGAGACCAUCUAAUUUGCCCAUUUUUUUUUGUUAUCUAAACAUUUUAAUACAACAAAGUAUUAAAAUGGUGAAUAAGCUGGAUGUGGAGGUCCUGGCCUGGCGUAGCUACACAUGGUCUGCGGUUGUGAGGCCGGUUGGACGUACUGCCAAAUUCUCUAAAACGACAUUGGAGGCAGCUUAUGGUAGAGAAAUUAACUUUGAAAUUAUCUGGCAACAGCUCCGGUGGACAUUCCUGCAGUCAUCAUGCCAAUUGCACGCUCCCUCAAACAGACAUCUGUUGCAUUGUGUUGUGUGACAUAACUGCACAUUUUAAAGUGGUAUUUUAUUGUCCCUAGCACAAGGUGCACCUGUGUAAUGAUCAUGCUGUUUAAUCAGCUUCUUGAUAUACCACACCUGUCAGGUGGAUGGAUUAUAUUGGCAAUGUAGAAAUGAUCACUAAUAGGGAUGUAAACAAAUUUGUGCACAACAUUUGAGAGAAAUAAGCUUUUUGGAACAUUCCUCAAAUUUUUUAUUUUAGCUCAUGAAACAUGUGACCUUUACAUGUUGAGUUCAUAUUUUUGUUCAGUAUAUAUUUGUGUCACAUUCACCUGACAAGGCAUCACAUCCUACUAAAGUGUGGUGCCUUGCCUUAAAUACACAGAAAAUAGGCAUUUAAAUACAAAUACUUAAAUAAGCAUGUAGGUGUCUGCGCGCCCAUGUGUUUGUGUGCAUGUGUGCACGUGCUUGCGUAUGCAUGGUUUUUUGCUACAGACCAUUAAUUUCAUUUGCUGUAAUAGUCUCUGAUUUUUUAAAGAACAAUUGUAUUGGUUUUUCCUUUUUUUGCCCCAAGAACAUUGAAUGUUCCAGUAAACUAAGUAAAUAAUUAGAUCGAUGAUGCAAUUAAUAUGUCUGAGAAAUUGCCUAUUGAGGCCAGACAGCAGUGUUUUCUCUCUCAAAACAGACCCAUUAUUCUAAAAUACAUCACUACUGACCUCAUCAAUAUACACCUUUGUGAAGUUGCCAAAUGUUGGCAGAAAGACUUACUACUCUACACUUGUAUUUGAGGGAUUGAAUUUCACGGUUUCUGUAUGUGUUUGCGUGAUUAGAAGUGCAGAGCUCAUAUUUAUUUAUUUAUUCUCCUAAUCCUGGAGGAUACAGUCCAAGUUCACUGCAGUAUUGGAGUAUAAGCAAUUAAAAUGACUAUCUUCGUUUUGAGCCAGCAAUUUGCCAGAUAUCAGGAGUUGUGUGGGUGUGUGAAUGAGUAAUUGUAUUGUGAGUAGGUGUGUGACUGAGAAAUCACUUGAAUGAGGGAGUGUGUGAGGGCUUUAGCAAGGGAGUGUGUGAGCAUUUAUGUAUUGUAAGGGAAUGACGUGCCAUAGAGAAUGAUAGUAUCUCAUUGUCUCGUAGAGUGAUGUUAGGAGUCAAGUAGUAGGCAGAUUAGAAACUCUUUAUAUAUACAGUAGUAUCUCUUGACAAAUAUUAAUGUAUGUUAGCCCUGCUGCUGAAUCUGAGAUGGGGGUGGGGGGUCUUCUAGUGCAGUGGAUCAAUGUAAAUGAUUAUUUUUGAUGAAUCAUGAUUUCGCGAAGGGAUAAUUGAAGUGGGGCAGGGAAAGUUCUCUAGUGGUGCACAAUAAAUGUUGCUAACUUGCAAAAUAGUUGCAUUGAAAGCAUUGUCAGGAACCUCCAUAUUGUAAUUCAGUGCAUUGCAUUACAAACACAGAUGGACGUCUCUGACAGGGAGGGGGAUAGGCUUUGUCAGAAUCUUUGAGAGGGGAGGUACUUGUCUGCUGAUUUUGUUCAGUACAUAUUUGAACACCUCGACCCCCAGAAACCAAAUUGAGUAGUUGGCCAGAGCACACAAGAUUUGAUAUGGGUUCUGAGAUGAAACAGGUAUUAUAAAGCUAUUACAUAGGCUUUAAAGUUUAUACCCUAUGUGUGAAUACACUAUACACAAUAUAAUAACUUUUUUGUUCGUCCUCAAGGUAAACAAAUGUACAUCCAAAAGUCAAGAUUUUUUGUUUUUGUCCCUUCUAGGUGAUUUGGUGUCACGGGCCAUGCACCAUCUCCAGCCAUUGCACAUUAAGAACCAUAGCAACGGCACGCCGGUCGACCAGAAGAGCGGCUCGGUGCACUGGGAGCCUGAGGCUCUCUACACCCUCUGCUAUUUCAUGCAAUGUCCCCAGAUAGAGUGGGAGAACCCCAAAGUGGAGCCCUCCAAAGUCACCCUGCAGACCGAGAGGUGA